AUGCUUCUAUCACCCUUGUUGUCGCAAGACAAGAUUGUCUUGGGCUGCGAAGUCUUGGCCGCUAGCUUUGUCGCCUAUCUGGUCGGAUUGGUCAUCUACAACCGAUAUUUCCAUCCCUUGAAGGAUUUCCCUGGCCCAUUUUGGGCCUCCAUUACGACUCUGUGGUAUUGUCGAGCCGUACGCUGUGGUCGAGGACAAGAUCAUCAACUCCCUAUCCACAAGAAAUACGGCUAUUUUGUGAGGCUUGCGCCAAAUCUGGUACAAAUUUCGGACCCAGCUGCCAUUGAGACCAUUUACGGGCCGAAACAUGAAUUCAUCAAGGGAGAAUUCUACAAAGGCUUCGACCCGAAGAUCUCCAAACGGCAGGACAAUUUCACCGAACAAAACGAGGCAGCCCAUGCCCGCAGACGCCGUACCGUAGCGCACCUCUACACGCAGGCAGCCGUGCUCGAAUACGAGCCUUCGGUCGACAGAUGUAUUGCACUUUUCUACAAGAGAAUGGAGGAAUUUGCCGAGUCUGGCGCCGUCAUUGACAUGUCGAUCUGGCUGAGGAAGUACACUUUCGACAUUAUCGGCGAGAUAUUCUACGGCCGCGAAGGCGGAUUCGGGUUCAUUCGUGACAACGUCGACUACAACAACUGGUGCCACCUGAUGGACGUGAUGCCGAAUCCGGUUGCCGCCAUCACGUACGUGCCCUAUGGUCUCCGAAAUCUCUACUUCAUGUUCCAGAUGCUGUACCCGGAAACCCGAGCCGGGGCCAAAGGAUUCUUCACUGUCAUCGACCAAUCUCACGCCGCGGUGAAGCAGCGCCUCGACGACAUGGCAGCAGGCAAGCCAGUGAACCGGCACGACGUCCUGAGUAAGCUCCUUGACAUUGUCAAUGAGAAAGGCGACUUCGGCAUCCUCGACGUCACCACUGAAAUCUGGGCGAUGAUCUGGGCCGGAAGCGACACGACUUCGAUAGCGCUGUGCUCCAUUUUCUACUACCUACACAAAAACCCGUCGACCCUGGCCAAACUGCUCGACGAGAUUGACACCGCCUUUGCCGACGGCACGCUAAAGACCCCUAUCCGGUUCAACGACGCCAUCAAACUCCCCUAUCUGCACGCCGUGGUCCGCGAGGGCAUGCGCAUCCAUGGCUCCCUCGGCACGGGCCUUCCUCGCAUCGUUCCGUCGGGCGGCGUCGAGAUCUGCGGCAAGUAUUUCGCGGGCGGGACCGAAGUGAUCAUGAACGCCAACGCCGUCCAGUUCGACAAGGGCGUCUUUGGCGAGGAUAGCGAGUCCUUCGUACCGGAGCGCUGGUUCCGCGACGGUGAACGGGCCGCUGCGAACAUGGAGAGACACAUGCUGCAGUUCGGCUACGGCAAGCGCAUCUGCAUCGGGCGCCACAUCACCAACACCGAAAUGUACAAGUUGCUGCCGACCAUCUUGCACGACUUUGAGUUUGAGCUGGUCGGCAACAAAGAGUGGAAGACGUGGCAGGGGUGGUUUCAUCAGCAGAGCGACGUCAAUGUGACGGUGAAGAGGAGAGUGAGAAGGACUUGA